AUGGCUGAGGUCAAACGCCACGAUAUAGAAACAGUCAUCUUGGAUGUCCAAUCCGAAGAAUCACUACAGUCGGCGGUGCUUGAAGUCUCAUCCCUUACUGGGGGAUCUCUUGAUAUUCUGAUCAACAAUGCUGGCUCUGGAUACAGCAUACCUCUGUCAGACGCCUUAAUUUCCAAGUCAAAAGAUAUUUUCGACCUCAAUGUAUGGGGUUUACUUUGCACCACUCAAUCCUUCCUCCCGCUCUUGCUCAAGUCAAAGAGCGGCGGCAUGGUCGUCAACAAUACUGGAAUCGAUUCUGUGGUCUCGGCUCCAUUCCAGGGAGUGUACAAUGCCUCCAAAGCCGCGGCAGCCAUGAUUUCCGCCAAUCUUCGUUUGGAGCUUGCACCAUUUGGAAUCAAGGUGAUAGAUUUGAAAACAGGUGGCGUCAAGAGCAACUUUUGGGUCAACGCCGGCAAGAUUAACUCACAACUACCUCCAAAUUCACUUUACACCGUCGCUCGUGAUGGAAUCGAAAAUGCCAUGAAAGGGGGACCGUACGAACCUAAGAGUGUUGACAGGCACGUAUGGGCCAAAGCUACCGUCAAAGACCUCUCCAAAGCCAACCCUCGCCUGAUGAUUUGGCGAGGCGACUCUGCUUUCAUAAUCUGGAUUGGCACUUUCCUCCCUCUGAAUGCAUUUGACAGCAUUCUGAAGAAGAUGACUGGAAUAUCCGAUCUUGAAGGAGAGAUACGAAGUCAGGGCAAAGAGAAAGUCGUGAAUGACUCUGGGUUUAUAGCGAAGACGUUGAGACGUUGA